AGCAAGACUGGAGGCUAUCGGGGACGGUACUAGCACUGCAGGAAUUAAGAGUAAAGAUCCCUUUCUCAUGAUGAGACUGUCCCGAGCAGAAUAUAAAGAGAGAGUGCGAUGGACUGAAAAACUGAGACCUACACGCCGAUGCGUGAAGAUACUGAAGGACAGGUUUCCAAGUCACUCACAGUCCACUCUUCUGAGCAUCUACUCCCUGGAGUACCAGAAAUGGAUCAAAAGGACAUUCUCAAGACACCAUGUGCCGCAUGUUAUUGAAAGCUACUACCAAAGGUAUCUGAGUGAAGCCAAGGCACAGCCUACUGCUCCUGUCCUGCUUGAAUUGGCCAAUGAGGUGGAUCUGUCUCCUGCGCUGAUGGCUCGUAUCAUCUUGGACAGGUUCCUUCAGGGCCAGGAUGGUGGAAUGCCAUCUAAAUCAGUCCUCAACAGCAUGCUGAAGGAGCCAUCUUUAAUUCCAGACCAAAUUUUGGCCAGUAAUGUCUACCAAUGCACAAUAAAUGACUGCUGUUAUGGACCGCUGGUAGACUGCAUCAAACACGCCAUAGGCCAUGAGCAUGAAGUGCUGCUCUGGGAAAAACUGAAGGAGAAGAACCUUUCCUUUCUGGAUGAAAACCAUCUGAGAACUAUGGGCUAUGACAAAACACCUGAUAUCAUCCUGGAGGUUCCAGUUGCUGUGGAAGGACACAUUGUACACUGGAUUGAGAGCAAAGCCUCUUUUGGAGAUGAUCAAAGCCAUCAAACCUAUCUCAAUGAACAAUUCUGGAGCUACUGGAACAGGUUUGGUCCAGGCCUUGUGAUCUACUGGUAUGGCUUUAUUGGAGACCUGGAUU